UGUCUAUGUCAAAUUGACAGCCGCGCGUUUACCCGCGCUUCGAAGGAAGCUUUGACUCUGCCAGCUGCCUACAAAACUGCUGAAGCAGCUAACUUCUAUUUAUGAAUUCUCGAAUAUUUUUCUGUAAAUUGAGCGAAUAUGGAUACUACCGCUUCUGUUUCUAAGGGAGUUUUUCUGUUUACAAAUGGCUUUAAAAAAGGUAAAGGCAACAAAAAGAAGACUGGACGGCCUUUGUUUGAGAAAAUUUUUUUGAAAGAACUUUGGUAUGAAACUUAUAAACAAAAUUGGAGUUACAUUGAACAGCAAUUGCAGGAACUCCAUCACAAAUCAUACAGUGUAUUAUUAAAUGAUGUAGUGGAUUACAUAAAGCACAGUAGUACUACUGAGAAUUCAACUCUAGAAGGAGUUAUACCAAGUGCCACACUUCUAACUGGAGUCAAUCAACCAGACCAUGUUUCACAAUUCACAGCACUUAUAGAUAUUAUAAGAGAUGAAGUGACACCUCAUGUUGCAUUAGUGAACUCACAAGAUGCACCCAGUAUCAAACAUUUGGUGGAAAAUACAGUUUGGCAGCUGAUUAAUGGAAACAAGGCUUUGGAAAAUUAUGAUGAUGAAGUUGAACACAUCUCUCCUACAAAGAAACUAAGGAAAAGUCAAUGCACUAUGAAAGCUCUUAAGAAUUGGUAUGCUAGGUACGAAAGUCCUGUAAAGAAGAAGCCAUCAAAUCAAACAAAAAAACCAUUGGUUAUAAUUAUACCAGACUUUGAAAGCUUCAACUGUAAUGUUUUGCAAGACUUUGUUAUGAUUGUGAGUUCUUAUGUUUCAACAAUGCCGAUAGUGCUAGUGUUUGGUGUGGCGACGUCAGUAUCCGCUCUUCAUAAGUCUUUUCCUUACCACGUGUCAUCAAAACUCCUGAUCAAAGUGUUCCAUUCACAUUCGUCAGCUGUUUACAUGAAUCAGGUCUUGGAAGAUAUUUUCCUGACGCACACUUGUCCAUUCCAAUUAUCAGGCAAAGCCUUUGAAUUAUUGACGGACGUUUUUCUUUUCUACGAUUUUUCUGUUACAGGCCUUAUACAGAGUAUUAAGUAUUGCAUGAUGGAGCAUUUUUAUGGCGACAAUUUGAAAUCGCUUUGUUGUGACAGAGACCAAGUAGAAGAUUUAAUUAUGAAGUUCAGUGCAGAAGAUCUCGAAAACAUUCGACAGUUGAUGUCAUUCAGGCCAUUUUUAGAACAACAAGAUUGUAGAACUAAGAUAAAACUUUUUGAAGACAAUAACUUCUUUAGAGAAGCCCUGUACCAGGAGAUGGAUAGACACCAUGACUAUUUGUACAGCUUCUAUAUGUGUUUAAGACUGCUAUGUGUAUUUGUAAAAGAUUUGCCAAAGAGUAUGCUGGGGAGAACUGUAAGGGAGAUUUAUACGAGAUGCUCAGCAGAGUGUGUCACAGACACUCCAGCAUUUAAAGACUGCAUGCAACUAUUGAAAUUUCAGUCUCAAUUUAAAUUGGUUGAAAGUAUCAAAAAUGCAUUAAAGAUUAUCAACUCAUACUUACAAGUUGUAUCGCCCGUCAAACCGCUCCGAACAUCGCCGAUUAAGAACAACUUGAACAAUAUGUCUCUAAAUGAUGAUCUGGGACAAAAUUUUGUAAAAUCGUUAAGAGUACAUUUGCUUACCUUUUUGAGACAAAUCGAAAAUGCCAAUACAGAGACUACUGUACUAACAAAUAUUUCACCUGAGGCGGAUGCCAAUGAUGAGAAUGUGCCGGGCAAUAGGUAUAAGCUAAAGGAGAAAUUGUUAAAAGCAACGCGAGUGGAUCGCGUGCAAUCUGAGUUUGAGAUGGUUCGUUCCCGUUUCGUCAGUUACUUGGAGGAUAUGUUCAGCAAGGGCUUGCAGUCUGCGCGUACGCAGCCCUUCCACGAGAUUCUGUUCUUCACAGACGUGUCCAACGUCAGAAAGCAUAUUAUCGGAUCACCGCGUGGAGCCGUACACACAGCUCUUAGUAAUCCCGUACAUUAUCUACAGUGCUCAUGCUGUCACUUGCCGUCAUCAGACAGCGUUAUAGACACACUGCCCGACGUGUGUCUAGCAUACAAGCUACAUCGCGAGUGCGGCAUGUACAUAAACCUGUAUGACUGGUUGCAAGCCUUCGCGACUGUGCUGCAUCCUGACGAAGAAGAUGAUCAGCGGCACCAGCAUCCGCUUACUCAACUAAGGUUUACACGGGCUGUAGCUGAAUUACAAUUCCUCGGCUUUAUAAAGUCCUACAAAAGAAAAACGGAUCAUGUUAUGCGAUUAACGUGGUGAUCUUGUUCCUCACAAUUUUUAUUUAUUGAUUAUAAUACGUUUAAUAAAAAAA